AAGUCUAUUGUAGAGCAAUGCGUCAAAGGAUACAAUGGAACGAUCUUUGCCUAUGGACAAACAGGAAGUGGGAAAACAUAUACAAUGCAAGGGCCGUCUAAAAUGUCAAAUGUUGUUAAUCAUAAGGACCGGGGAAUCAUUCCGCGCUUAUUUCAACUCAUCGAAAGAGAAGAACAAAUGGUCAGCUCUGUUAAAUACCUGUGCAAAGCAUCCUAUAUUGAAAUAUACAAUGAAAUGAUUUACGAUCUUCUGGAUAAUUCAACUACAGCAAGAGCAACUCGGGAGGAUAUCAAAAGAGGAGUAUAUGUUGAUGGCGUCACAGAGGAAUCGAUUCACAGUCCAGAAGACGCUUACAAAUUAUUCGAGCAAGGAUCAGCCAACCGCCAUAUCAGUGCAACAUCCAUGAACCGUGAGUCCAGUCGUUCUCACACUGUUCUGAUGUUGACCAUUCAGUCUAUGGCGCUUAUCGACGGCAUUAAUCACAUUCGUGAGUCCAGGUUCAACCUUGUGGACCUUGCCGGAUCAGAGCGUCAAAAACUAGCCAACACUGAGGGGCUCCGACUAAAAGAGGCUGGAAACAUCAAUAAAAGUCUGCUUUGCCUUGGUUCCGUUAUUAAUGCUCUGGGAGAAAUUGCAAUAGGACAUUCAAGACACGUGCAUUAUCGCGAUAGCCGACUGACAUUUUUACUCAAGGAUUCACUCGGAGGAAAUUCAAACACUUUCAUUGUCGCUAAUGUAUCACCUUCAGCCCUGUGUUAUCAAGAGAGUCUGAGUACGCUUCGCUUUGCACAACGAGCAAAGAUGAUCAGAAACAAGGUAGAGAUU